ACGAAUGCCUGGCCUGGCCCAUAAUGCUGGCAUGUGGUCAAGUUCCUCUUUCAUAGACAUGGAUGACUCCCUAUGGGCCAGUGAGGAUAUAAAAACCACAGAACCAAGUCUUCAUACAGCCAGUGUUCAGGCAAACACAUCACGGGACUAACUUUCACUGAACAGGAGAAGAUAUAAGGCCUUAGUGGGAGUUGGCUGUAAAAGCAAUCACGGACACAGAGUACCCAUUGCAUCGACACACUCUAACCUCUCAAUGGCCACCAACUCGUCAGAAGAUCUAAUGAUCAAUUCUUCCUCAUGUGAUUCCAUCUCCCCCUCUCUGCAUCAGAACAAGCUGAUCCCCACCAUCUACAGUGUCAUCUUUGUCCUUGGUUUCGUGGGCAAUAUCUUGGUGGUGUUCGUGUUAUGUCAAAAGUCCAACCGUAAAACAGUGGCCAACACUUACAUUGUAAACUUGGCCCUCUCAGAUCUGUUGUUCCUGAUCAGCCUGCCUUUCUGGGCAAUCUACUACUCCUUUGACUACAACUGGAUGUUUGGUGGGCUGAUGUGUAAGCUAUGUGGCUGCCUCCUCUCCCUGAACGUCUACGCCAGCAUCUACUUCAUCACCUGUAUGAGUGUGGACCGAUACAGAGCCAUUGUCUAUCCCCUCCAGUCUCAGUGCAGCAGGAACCUGUGUCGGGCACAAGUGGUCAGCGGUGUGAUCUGGACCAUCGCCGGCCUCAUGACCAUCCCCACCAUGGCCUUCCGAGACACCUACCACCUGAAGGAGCUGGGGGUCACGGCCUGCGUCCUCAUCUACCCACCUACCCAGCCCUACUGGUUCCCAGGCCUGGCCCUGACCAAGAACAUCCUGGCCUUCUUGGUGCCCUUCACAGUCAUCGCCAGCUGCUACUGCCGCAUCGGGAAGCACCUCCUGGGGGGACAGCCCAGCCUGGACAAGAGUUCCAGCAACCUGGACCGCGUAAUGAAGAUGGUGGUGGCUGUGGUGCUGGCCUUCUUCGUCUGCUGGUUCCCCUUCCACGUGCUGACCUUCCUGGAUGCCCUGAGCACCCUGGGGGUGAUGCACAGCUGUUGGGUGCGCCAGGCCAUCAUUACCCUGAUGCCCUUCACCCUCUGCCUGGGCUUCUCCAACAGCGCCAUCAACCCUUUCCUCUACUGCUUUGUGGGGAACCACUUCCGGGAGCAGCUGUGGCGGCUGUACGAGGAGAAGGCUCCCAGGCUGUCCCAAAAGAGAGACUCCAUCAGCACCAGGCUCAGCUCCUUCUCCAGGAAGCUCAGUGACCUCAAGGACACAGGGCCACUGGAGACUCUGGACCAACACAGUAGGGGCCCCUAGUCUAGGGAGGUUACAUGGCAGGACUAUGAGAGGCCUGUCUGUCAGAUGUGUAACAGUUGACACCGGGGAUCCUGAAUAACCCCCAGGCCUAGUCUCCAGGGGACGUUAACCCCCCUAUCUACUCCUAAUUAGGGACAACCUGCAGGCUGGACAGAGGGAAUAUAAACAUAGAUUUAAAUGUCAGUUUAACAUCCCAUGCCACCAAGCUCAUGUUAGGGGGAAGGGAUAUUAUAUCACCAAAUCUACAGUAUAUGUGCUGGGUAAACCUGUCAUGUUUUCUGAGAUACACAGGCCAGUGUGAUAAUAAGUGUGUGAAAUAUACAACUACAGUGUAUGUGCCUUUGUACUAGUUACAAUAAUGUGGUAUGUGUAUGUUGUUUUUAUUGUAUAUAAGUAACAAAAAUAUGUCAAUGAACACAGAGCCUUAUAAACGGCAAGAAAAGGUCCAUGCAAACAUCUACUGUGAACUGUAUAAUUUGUGUCUCUUGAACCAUAAUUAACAUUGUAUUGUGUCAAAUGUACAUAUGAAUUAUAUGUUUUCCAGUCACUCUUCAUUUGAUAUAACAGAACAAUGAAAGCCAGACAGUAAUGGCAGUCUUCUUGGUGUGAAAACAAAACAUAUAUUCAGUUAAGGCCAUGAUCAAGUUGAACAUGGGAAAGCCAGGAGUUGAGUUUGCAUCACAUUGUAGCAAUUUGAAGAUGCAUUUGAUUGUAUGACAAACAAUCACAACCUGCUGUUUUCUUUUCUCCUGACAUUUCUGUUUGCAACAGUAAUGGAGACAAGGACAUAGACUGAGUAACAAGCAUUGAUAUAGGCAGUUUUACUGCCGCUCUGUGGCUGGGUUUGAUAACUGCAGGUGCAAAGGAAUUCUCUCUGAUUGAUAAUUGUGUCGUUUUUACUUCAAAUUGUAGUUUUAGUUAUUAAAACCCUUCCAGACCCAUCAUAUUAUCAACUAAUAUGGUCUGAACAUUACAAUGAACAGAAUAGGGAAAAACAAAUCAAGGUGACGUACAUGUAAAUACAGGUACUGUACUUCAAUACUGUUUCCUGAUGUGUUUUCCUAAUGACCAGAGAGUACAGAUGUAGGAUCUUAAUUGGAUCACCGUGUUGCAUGAGAAUGUAUAGUGUAUUGGACAUAUUUGAGGUUUAAGAAGGCUUCUGAAGUUUGUAAUUUCCACUUUGAAAUUUCAGAUUGAUUUUACCUUUCGAAAAAUGUGUCAACCCCUGCAAUCUUCUUUUCCUGAAUUAGAAUUCACAUUUCCUGUUGCUGCAGGAUUAUUUUCCUGCUGUAGCAAACUGGCUCAAAUUAAGAUCCUACAUCUGUAAGCCUAUGUGUGAUCUUUUCUUUCCUCUUAGGAUAUGAUAUGAUUUCCUGUUGAUGCUACCGUACUGUAAAUACUACCAUACCGA